GCUAUACCUGAGGGGGAGGAGCCUUCAGAGUUAGCAACGAGCUAAUGUCGCUUUUGGUCUCAGUGUUAUUAUUGUAUGGAGGUCAUUCAAUAUGGCGUCCCACUUUAGCGGUGUAUUACAACUAACUGAUUUGGAUGAUUUUAUUACACCGUCCCAGGAAUGCGUAAAGCCAGUGAAAGUGGACAAGAAGCAGGGGCGAUCUGUGGCCAAAAUCAAGAUCGACGAUGGCAAUUACUUUCAAGUUAAUGAGGAUGGUCAUAUGCAGAAGUUGGAGAAAGCCAAGAUCACUCUGAAUGACUGUCUGGCCUGCAGUGGCUGCAUCACAUCAGCCGAGAGCAUCCUGAUCACUCAGCAGAGUCAUGAGGAGCUAUACCGAGUGCUCCGCCUCAAUAAGCAGAGUAGCAGCACUGAGCAGAAGCUGGUUGUAGUGUCAGUGUCCCCACAGUCUCGAGCUUCCCUAGCCACACAAUACUCUCUCAGCAGCAGUGAGGUGGCCAGGAGGCUUACAACCUUCUUUAAAAAUCUGGGUGUUCAUUAUGUGUUUGACACUGGCUUCAGUCGCACCUUCAGCCUUCUGGAGAGUCAGAGAGAGUUCCUCGAGAGGUUUGCUCGGAAAGAGGAGGACAAGAAAGCCUUGCCUUUGCUGACCUCUGCCUGCCCUGGUUGGAUCUGCUAUGCUGAGAAAACCCAUGGUGACUUCAUCCUGCCUUACAUCAGCACAACCCGUUCCCCACAACAGGUGAUGGGUUCACUGGUCAAGAGGUUCUUCGCUAGUCAGCAGGGUGUUGAACCGCAAAAGAUUUACCACGUGACUGUAAUGCCUUGCUAUGACAAGAAAUUGGAAGCUUCCAGAACUGAUUUCUACCUUACAGAGGCAGAAACCAGAGAAGUGGACUGUGUCAUUACUUCAGGAGAAGUUCUCAAGAUGUUAGAAGAGGAGGGUGUGUCUCUGAGUGAUAUAGAGCCAGCACCUUUAGAUACUAUGUUCAGUAAUGUGUGUGGUGAGGAGUUGUUGUGUCAUGCUGGGAGUGGUUCAGGAGGAUAUCUUCAUCAUGUUUACACUCACGCUGCCAAACAACUCUUUGGAGUUGAAGUAGAGGAACUUACAUACAAGACCCUCAAAAACAAGGACUUCCAGGAAGUCAUUUUAGAGAAAGAUGGAGAAGUCCUUCUGCGCUUUGCUGCCACCUAUGGCUUCAGGAAUAUUCAAAACCUUGUGCAGAAGUUGAAGAGGGGAAAGUCACCAUACCAUUUUGUAGAAGUCAUGGCAUGUCCAUCAGGGUGCCUGAAUGGAGGAGGUCAGCUGAAGCCUGUAGCAGAUCAGUCUAAUAAGGAUCUGCUGCAGCAGGUGGAAGCAGCAUACCGAGCAGAGCGGCCGUCUGUACCUGAGAAGGAUGAGCGCAUCGCUGAGCUUUACCACACAUGGCUACAGGGAAUGGGAGAAGAGAAAGCACGAGAGCUACUUCACACACAAUAUCACGCCGUGGAGAAAAGCACCAGCGGACUCGCCAUCAAGUGGUGAAGAACCGAACGCCUGGUAUCUGAAUGGUAACGUGAUGCAUGGCAUACAAUCAACAGCACUGCAAUUCAGGACAAGUAAUGAGCUCAUCACCAUGAUCUGGAGAAUCUUCUAAUAUCAUAAAGUACCAUCAGUGUUUGUGAAGUUGUAUCUGCAUAUAUAUUUCACAAGCUUACAAGCUCACGUAAUUCUGGCUUUGUCACGUGCAGUGUUAUUUUAUGACAAUUAUAUAAGUACUGAAACAAGACAGCUCUUUGAAAUGAAUAAACUGGUAAUGCUUCUUUUGUAAAAAACAUGUAACAGGAUGCACAGCGUUUGUAUGCUCAGCAGUUGCUUCAUGGAAGCAAGCUGAGAGUUUUCUCCACUUGCAGUUCACUGAGCCCUUCCUGUGUCUAAACAUCAAACAUUGAAAGCACAAAAUGUAUACAAUUUAUGUAUUGGUAACUAUUUUAGGUAUAACCUAAUCCAUGCUUUAUUGACCAAUAAAUUGUGCUUUAAUUAAUUGUAUCUGUUGUUUGUAGGAUGUGGUCCCUGUACCAGCAAUCAGAAAGCUCAUUAUUCCUCUGGGGGAAUGUAUUUCCAGUUCCAUUGCUCAAGUUGACUUGCACAUCACACAGUGAGAGGCCUUUUUUCCCUGUAAUAUACAGUACAUAUGUAAAAUAAUUGUCUAGAUGGAAUUUUGGCUGUUCAGAAAACGUGUAAGUACCAAUUGAUGAUAUGUAUAAAGUUACUUAAUCUUUUAAUAUUUAUUUAGGAAAUCUAUAUUACUGAAUGUUUCUCAAUAAAAAGAAUAUUAUAUAUAA